CUGGUGGAGCUGAAGAACGGUGAGACGUACAACGGGCACCUGGUGAGCUGCGACAACUGGAUGAACAUCAACCUGCGGGAGGUUAUCUGUACGUCCCGGGAUGGAGACAAGUUCUGGAGAAUGCCGGAGUGCUACAUUCGUGGCAGCACGAUUAAAUACCUGCGUAUCCCCGAUGAAAUAAUUGACAUGGUGAAAGAAGAGGUGGUGUCCAAGGGCAGGGGCCGUGGUGGGAUGCAACAGCAGAAGCAACAGAAGGGCCGUGGUGUUGGAAGUGCUGGACGAGGUGUGUUCGGUGGCCGCGGCCGAGGAAUACCAGGCAGCGGAAGAGGCCAGCAGGAGAAGAAACCCGGCAGGCAAUCGGCAAAGCAAUGAGAGGCUGCCUGCAGCCC